CGAUGCAGCAAAGGGCUGGCAUGCCCGUCCUGCCCUCACUCACCUGCAAACCCUGCCAGGGGCUGCAGGAGCAGAGCCGGGCAGCAUCUCCCGUGCGGCUGAUAGCGCCGAGCUGCCUCCGGACGUGUCACCCACCGUGGCCAGGCUGGGCAUGUGCCAGGUGUCCCCCAGCAGCACAGCCAGCCCGCCGGAGCAGCCCUCUGUCCCCGGGGACAGUUCAGGUAACGCCACUCGGAGCAGGUCCCUGCCUGCCAGGGAGCUGGUCCCGGCACUGCCAAGCGCGAUCCACACGCCGCCGGGCGCAGGUAGGAGCGCCUUGUCCCUCCUCGCAGGUGAUGUAGGGACGGAGGUGAUGGCAGCACAGGUCCCCACAAGCCCCAGCAAGGAGCAGGAGGAGCCCCCUGGCACAGCAGCUCUCUCUGGGGGGUUGGCAGCAGGGGAUAUUCCCCAGGCAGGGGCUGGGUUUUCCUCCCCGAACCCUGCUGGCCAUCCGCCCAGUGUCCCUCCAGCUCCUGUCACCCCUCAGCUGCUGUCCCCUGUGCCAGCAGGGCACACGGUGGCUCUCACCGGUGGUGGGCCAGCCACAGCCAUGUUGUCCCCAGCUCCAUCUGUCCCCACUGAGAAGGGGACAGGCAAAAUAGUGCCAUCAGGCAGCAGCACUGCCCCUGAGCAGGCUCCGGAGGUGUUUAGGGGGGUGGAGAACAUUGCUGGAGAGCCAAAACUGGGAACAGCCGUCCCUGUAGUGCAAAGGACCGUGCCCAAAGCACUUACAGGUGAUGCCAGUACGCUGACAGGUCACAUCCCAGCACCAGGCAGAGGUUUGUCUCCACCAGUGGCACUUGUCCUUGCUGCUCAACCGGUGCUGGGGACAAAAGCAUCUUCCUCAGCCACAAGCAAAGCGACCGAUGCCAGUGAGUUGGCGCAGCCCUACAGCGCUGUCACUGCAGAGGGGACGCUGGGGACAGCGUGGACUACCGUGCCAUCCCGUGUCGAACACAGCACAGGGACAUCACCCCCUGCCAUCAGCAAGAGCCCCGCCGAGCCAUACGCAACCACCGCGCUCCCGUCCCAAAAGGCCACACCAGAGCUGGACACGGCCACCCCUCCUCCUGCCACUGCAGCCAGCAUCUUGCCGGCCUCCCCUGGGGACACGGGCCACUCCGUGGAGCCACCAGCAGCCCUGGCUGGCCAUGUCACCGACCCCACCAUGUCAGCAGCCACCGGGGGUCCCCUCCACGCAGCCACAGAAGGAUCCAGGAUCCCAGCACCUGCAGCCACCCCAGGAGCAUCCUCAGCAGCGAUCACCUCUUCUCCUGCCACUGCUGCUGUCAGCGAGGCUGCGGAGCAAGGGACACCAGCCCCUGGCACUGCUGGAGCUGGGCUGCUCGGAUCCAACCCUGCCACCCGUCCCCGUGCCACCACACCGUCCCUGGGACCACCAGCCAUGGCACUGGAUGUCACCGCCACAGCGCACGGCCCCACCGCGCCACUUCCAGCCCUGGGAAAUGCUGAGCUGGUGGCCACUGGUGCUGGAGCCACAACGGGCACUGCUGCCCUGCACACCGAGGCCACCCCCAUGCAGCUGGACGCGGGGCAGGUCCCCAGCACAGCCCCUGCUGUGUCACUCCCUGGUGGUGGCCUCUCCCCUGGGUCCUCUUCUGCAGUCCCCAGGACCACCGCGGCACAGGCAGACGGGGACAGAUCCCCUCCGGCCAGCCCCAGUGUGGGCACGUCCCUGUCCCUCAUGGAUGGAGCAAAGCCCACGUCUUCCCUCCAAGGGUAUGGCACCGGGACCCAGCCAGCUGCCCUCGUUAGCAAAACUCCAAUUAGUGAAGCAGGGCUGGAGACAGCAUCACCAGCCAGCAGCGACACUACUGUGAUGGCACGGGAUGGCAGCUCCAGUGCCACCCCAGCUGCUUCAGGGGUACCCAGGACACUCAGCACCCCUGGGGUACCAUGGGCAGGCAUCCCGUGGGACAGCAGUGCCACCGCAGGGAUGGCAGUGGGGGUGUCCCCAUCCAGCAGCUCCCCGGAGGUGGCAUCAGGCACCUCCUUGCUGUCUCCAGCCGCCCUGCUGCCAGCGCUGGGUGCCCCUACUGCCCGUCCCGAUGGCAGCACCGCCGGGCGAGCAGUGGGGACGGUGUCCCCGGGUGUGGGCACCGACCCAUCGGGGACAGCUCCCAGCCAUGUCAUCGUCACCACCGGGCCAUCACCAGAGCCGUCCACCCCAGGGACCGACGUCCCCAAAACCGAGCCACCGACGAGCUUUCCCCUCCUGGUCCCCAGAGGCAGUCGCUCGGCCCCGUCGGCCACAGCAGACCCCAGCCCAGCUCCGGACACAGCCGUGCCCCUCGGCACCACCGCUGGCAGCCAGGAUCCCCCACCGCCACAGCACGGCUGA